AUGGGCCUGAGCCCGGCCGCCCACGAAGACAGCAGGCGCCGCCUCUCUCGCUUCCCCCGGCCGCGCCCCAAACCCGCCCCGCGAGCCGCAGAAGAAUCAUCUCAAGCGUUGUUCCAGCUCUCUCCCAAGGAGCGGCCGCAGGGAACUUCAGAGCUGAGCAGAAGCGUCCAGGAGCGGGAGAAGCCCUUAGUUAACUUGGAGACUACAGCCCACCAGAAAAGAGCAGAGUCGAGUUCAACCCCAAAGCCGGAGAGUGCAGGGAAAUUAACAAAGCAAGUCGCUGAGGGCAAACCAAGACCCAGACCCGGAGACCUGAUUGAGAUUUUUCGAAUCGGCUAUGAGCACUGGGCCAUCUAUGUGGAAGAUGACUGCGUGGUGCAUCUGGCUGCCCCGAGUGAGGAAUUUGAAGCGGGCAGCAUCACUUCCGUCUUCAGCAACCGCGCAGUCGUGAAAUACAGCUGCCUGGAGGACGUGCUGCAUGGCUGCUCCUGGAAGAUCAACAACAAGCUGGACGGGACGUACCUGCCCCUGCCCGUGGACCAGAUCAUCCAGCGUACAAAAAAGAUGAUCAACAAGAUAGUGCAGUACAGCCUGAUCGAAAGGAACUGUGAGCACUUUGUCAAUGACCUCAGAUACGGUGUGCCCCGGAGCCAGCAGUUGCAUUCCCAGCGGAAACCAGCCAGUCUGGAUCUCACGGGCAGCCCAAUGGGACUCUUCCCCUGA